AUGCGUGUCGCUUCCGCUGCUGUCGUUGCCUCCCUGGCUGCUGGUGCCAUUGCUACCGAGUACAAGACCGUCUAUGUCACCGAGUACACCACCGUUUGCCCUAAGGCCACUUCUCUGGCCACUGGUCCUGGUGCCGGUUCUGGCUCGGGUGCCCAGACUACCCCGGCUGCUGCUCAGCCUACCACCAUCACCAUCUCCGGCACCCCCUACACCUACUCCACUCCCCUGGUUACCUCGACUGUGACCCACUGUGACAAGUGCUCCGCUACUGCCGUCCCUGCCACCUCCACCCCCGAGGGUGCCGCUGCUGUCGGUACCGGUGCCUCCCCCAGUGAGGCUCCUGGCUCUGGCUCUGGUGCCUCUCCUAGCGGUGCCGCCGCUGGCUCUGGCUCCGGCGCUUCCCCCAGCGAGGGUGCCUCUGGCUCCGGCUCUGGUGCCUCUCCUAGCGGUGCCGCCGCUGGCUCCGGCUCCGGCUCUUCCCCCAGCGGCGCCGCCGCCGUCGGUACCGGUCCCUCCCCCAGUGAGGCCGCCUCUGGAUCCGGCUCUGGCUCCGGUGCUUCUCCUAGCGGUGCCUCCGCCGGCUCUGGCUCUGGCUCCGGCUCCGGCUCCGGCUCCUCCCCCAGCGGUGCUGCCGCUGGUUCCGGAGCUGGUUCCCCCGGUGCUUCCGCUGGUCCCAGCGGAGCCGGUGCCAUUGGAAUCGGCGCCACCACCCCGGUCGUCUCUUACACCCCGGUCCCCACCCCUAGUGGCUUCCACCCCUCUUCUCGCCCUCUGAUCCCCAGCAGCAAGCCCGCCUCCUCCAAGCUCGUUGCUUCCUCCAGCGCCACCCCCGCUGCCUCCAGCCCCGCCCCUGCUAGCUCCAGCUCCAGCUCCAGCUCCGGCUCCUCUGCUACCUCCCCCGAGGGUGUCUCCGCCGCUGGCACUGGCUCUGGCUCCGCCACCACUCCCUCCGCCCCUGUCUUCACUGGCGCCGCUACCCGCGCCGCGGCCGGUGCUGGUGCCGGAUUGGCCUCCGUCUUCGCUCUCGUCGCCUUCCUUCUGUAA